UGAAGCGUCACUCUCAUUGCUCAAAUCAUGAGUGACAAGAUGCAACCUUCAGAGCCGAACUCUGUUUAGAGCCUGUAGCCGCCAGGAAUACUGGUUGACCCCCCUGAAUGAGCUAGCACCAGUAGUCCACAAGCCCAGAAAGACCAUGAAGACGAGUCCGACAAGCGUGUUAGUAUCAGUAGGCACUGGCUGGUCAAUGCCUCAUUACCCUGGCGCUUCCGCCGUGUGCUGCAAUAAUGGGUCUCCUUCUAUAGGACAUAUUCUUCUUGCAUUUUCGGCGUCAUGGCUCUGAAUAGGACCCCUUGGCUCCCUUCUACUACGUCCUCGCUCCUCCUGGCUAUUUUGGGUCUGGCUUUGGCUGGUCUGGCUGGGAGUGAUUGUUCGGGGUCGACGGUCGUGACGCUUCCAGUUGAGAAUGUAACCGUGCUGGAGGCUAGUGUUCGCAGGGGCAUUCCUCUUGAGAUAGGGACCCCUCCUCAACCGGUGGCUCUAUCAGCAGCUGGUUAUGCAAACAACACCUUCCUGUGGGACGAUUCACACGGGUGCGACGUGCGGGAACAGUACGAUCCGUCGUGUAUCGUUGGAAGAGGAGGCGUUUUCUUUCUCAACAGGUCGUCAACAUGGUCCGAUGAAGCCAACUCGAAUGUCAGUGCCGAAGAAUCCAGUCCCAAGGCGUUUGCCUUCACUGGAACACCCCCGCGCGGGGCAGACAUCGUGCACCUUAAUAACACAUAUGAUCUCUACGACUAUCCCAUCGCUACCACCAAAGGAGGCAUGACGCUGAACUCGCUAGGGCUGGCACAAGACUCGACCUUCCUUCAAACUUUAAUCAAGAAGAAAGCAAUCAUAUCGAAAACAUGGUCUUUAUUCUACGGACUCACGGGAGCAACCGAAGACGCUCAGAUGGAUGGAGUCGCCGUAUUCGGGGGAUUUGAUAGGGCGAAGACAAAGGGUCCGAACGAGACAUUUCCACUAGACUAUGAUUCGAAAUGUCGGACAGGCAUGGUCGCGACCGUUACGAGUAUCGAUGUUGGAUUUGAGAACGGGACAGAACAGAAUGCCUUUGGCUCGCGCAUCAAUAUGUGUCUCGAUCCUGCGUUCGAGAUUAUGACUUUCACGCCCUCCAUCCUCAACCAGCUGAAGAAGAAGUUUGAGCACAAGUCUUUUGGCACAUCCACGGGAAUGAAUGUGAAUGGGCUUUUAUACGGCGUCGAUAAAGCGUUUACCGGUAACUUGAGCAUAACACUAAACGGCAACGUAAAAAUCACCGUCCCGAACAGCCAACUUGUUGUACCAGACUACGUCGUUCUUGGAAACGAGACCGUGUGGUCGGAAGACUCGCGAGAGGUCCUGGUGGGAGAGCCCACGGGGGAUAGUCCAAAAUGGAUGACGAACUUGGGACAACCGUUCUUUACGGCGGCAUACCUCAUGGUCAAUCAUGAAUUAGAAGAAUUUACUGUUUGGCAGAGCAACCCGACAGACAAAGAGGACUAUCAAGUCAUUGACUCUGACGGAAACAUUUGCAAAGCCGUCUCGCCACCUAUUGCGACUACAACUUCCACGAGAACUUCAGGCCCAACGUCUCCGGUUCAAACAGCAACAGAGUCUAGCAAGUCCGACAAUGGUGGUCUAUCAACUGGGGCUAUCGUCGGUAUUGUGAUCGGAGCUGUCGCUGCUGUGGUCAUCCUUGCCGGAUUCCUGGCUUUCUGCUGCUAUCGAAGAAAGAAUCGUAAUAAGCCAGCCGCCAAAGUUGGCCAUCCCCAGUAUAAGUCUGGAAUUAUCCAUCGGAACAAAUAUCCAGUUGAGGCACCCAAUUUCGAUCCCAAGGAGAAUGGCCUGGUGGAAGCCCCUGCGGAUAACAGGCCUGUGUUUGAACUUCCGGCUGCUGGAUCUCCCCGGCUCACACCAAGGGAAGAUUAGCAGUUAAAGGGGUAAGGAUGUACCUAGAUUUAAUCCUCGCGUGUAUGGCUAGAUGCCGCUUGUAUUGCGUCUACGAUUUGUUACUUAAUAGAAAUUUUGUAUAUAAGCUGCCCAUUUUUGCAACGGCCCAAGGGCGCACGUGCC